GUCCUUCGGGAUGUCUUCAAGAAGGGGGAUUCCUGGUUCAGAUCUGGAGACCUUUUGUACAAGGAUGCCAAGGGCCUCUGGCAUUUCGUGGACCGGAUCGGAGAUACCUUCAGGAACGUCUCCACCAUGGAGGUCUCGCAAGUGCUGUCCAGCCUGCCUGGGGUCGAGGAAGCCAACGUCUAUGGCGUCCAGGUGCCAGGCGAGGCGGAUGGACGUGCGUGCAUGGUGGCCCUGCGGGGACAGGACUUGCAAUCACGUGAAAAACUUGAUGCUUUGCAGAGCCUUUGCGAGAAGGAGCUUCCGAGCUACGCGCGUCCUCGGUUUUUGCGUUUCUUGUCCGAUAUGGACAUCACCGGCACCUUCAAACAUCAAAAGGUGCAGCUGAGGGACCAGGGCUUUGAUCCUGCCAAGGUGCCAGAUCCCGUCUACAUUUUGCACCCCGAGUCCAAACGCUACGAGCCCUUGGACCCACAAGUGAUCAGCCAGCUACAGCAGGGACGUUCCAAGUUGCUGGAGCUCCCAGACCAGUGGAGCAGUGAGCCAAAACGGUCCCGGUUUUGGAUGCCCAGAGUCGGCUAUCGGUCUGUUGACCAGGCUCCACCGUUUGUUGUGGUGUCUGUUUGCCUGGGGCUUGUGGACCAGAUGGCACGAUGCUGGCCCCGUUUGGGGGAGGCAGUCCUUGCAAAAGACAAGUGA